AGUUCAUCUGAUCUAGACGGUGCAAGGUAUUGGCGGGAAAUGAAAGUUGCCGAACAAAGAAACUGCAUCUCUCUCUUGCUGCUUGCCUGGCUAUCUCUCGGUGUUUUGCCUGUUCGAGCUGUCCCUUUAGCCUCAUGUGAUCCGGCGUAUCAGAGGGACUCACGAACCCUCCGAUCAGAUCAAGUUACGGUCCUCAUCAAUGGCUACUCCACUUCCCGGAUCCCGCUCCUCCUGUCCAUAUCCGCGGCAUACGCAGCCUCCCCAAUCGUGUCAUCGGUACUCGUGCUCUGGGGAAACCCUUCCACCCCGGCCCAAACCCUGGCCGAAUUGGCGCACAAUCUCACUCUCUCCUCCUCCGCCACGGCUUCAAUCUCUCUUAUUCGUCAAUCCUCAAGCAGCCUCAAUGCCCGAUUCCUUCCCAGACCAUCGAUUGAGACCGGCGCCGUUUUAAUCAGCGACGACGACGUGGAAAUCGAUCCGAAGUCGGUGAAAUUCGCUUUCAGGAUAUGGAGAUCGAAUCCCGACCGACUGAUCGGGGCUUUCGCGAGAUCUCAUGAGAUUGAUCUGUCAAGGAAGGAGUGGAUUUACACGGUGCACCCGGACAAAUACUCGAUCGUGCUGACCAAGUUCAUGGUGUUAAAAAGCGAUUAUUUGUUCAAGUAUAGCUGCGAGGGGGGAGCAGAGAGGAGACGGAUGAGGAACAUAGUUGACGAGAUGCGUAACUGCGAGGAUAUAUUGAUGAACUUUGUGGUAGCGGAGGAGAUAAACGCAGGGCCGAUUCUGGUAGGAACGGAGAGAGCAAGAGACUGGGGAGAUGCGCGGAACGAAGAUGGUGAUGAAGAUGGAGCGCUGGGGUUGAGAGAUGGUGGAAAGGGGAGCAAAGUAAGGGAGGUGGGGUUGAGUAGUAGGAGAGGCGAACAUAGAAGGAGAAGAGGAGAGUGUAUAAGGAAAUACCACAGGGUGAUGGGGAAGAUGCCAUUGAGGUAUAGCUACGGGAAGGUUGUUAAUUCAGUCGGGGAGCAAGGUAUGUGUAACAAAGGUGGGAAGCUGGUGUUUUGUGAUCAAUAUUAAAUAUUAAUUCUAUCGUAUCAUUUUAGAAAACAAAAUUAUGAAUUAUCAAAGGAAGAAGUGCGUUCAGAUUUA